AUGAAUAAAAUUAACAUGAAACUGGGACAGACCUUGAUUGUGGAACUUGAGGAAGAGGUUAUUCUCGGCGAGCUAAUGCACGUUGCAUCCGACAACACCUUCAUCAAGUUGGCCAAUGUCCGUGACAUAUCGGCAAACAACCUGCUUGGCAAUCAGGCAUAUUACAGUUCGGAAAUACGGGACAUACAGAUUGUUGAUGAUGCUAAAGACGAACCGGAAUCCAGCACAGAACAUACAAGAGUUAAGCCUGCAGCGAGUCAUCUUUCGCUAGAAUGUCUCAACAGAGCACUGAAAAGGGUAGAAAACUGUAUAUAUAUUCAACAGCUCGAUUCGAAUUAUCAUGACGCUAUCAGCGUUCUUAAGAAAGAACGAACGCUUGCCCUCGCCAUGGAAGGGGUUGAGGAAGGAAGACAUGCUAAAUCGGUUUCACUGCUCUCAAUAGCCACGGACAGCGUGAUUUAUAUCUUCGACAUAAAAUGGAUAAACAUUACAAAAGAUCUGCGCGAACUGAUGUGUAGCGAUCAUUAUAGGCGCGUUUUGCAUAAUGGCCGCUUUAUGCGAGAUAUCCUGCUCCACCAAUUCAAUAUAGUUCUCGGACGAUGCUUUGACACGAUGGUGGCGCAUAUAGCUAUACGUAAAGCAGCCACCGGUGAUGCAUUAGCAGACACGGCGAAGGAAGCGCCUGGAACUAUUUCCAUACAAGAGUGCAUCGCCUACUACUUGAAGUUGCCAGCAGAAAACUUUUUCAAUGAUAAUGUUAAUUAUGAUUUGCGCCCAACAAGCAAUGAAGCUAAACGUGAGGCGGCCAAGAAAAUUGGUUUUUUGAUCAGUCUUCAGGAUCACUUCAUACACGAAAUUAUGCUGAAACGUUUCUAUGAAAGUUGUGAUCAGUAUUGUACUAGUCUGGCUUGCAACGUGGACUUCAUUGAUAGUUUAGCGGAGGUGAAGUCGGAUGGAAGCCGAGCCGUUACUGCUGUUAAACCAUUCAAACUGGAUACAAACGCAUCAUAGCAUCGUUGCAUAACGUUAUG